AUGGAAGUGAAUGAGGUAGAGGCAGCGCGUGAGCAUGAACAGCGCGUGAAGUGUGUGGAGGAGAUACUUUUGCGCAUCGCCUCUCAUGAAGGCGUGGUGGGAUAUCUUGUGUUGAAUCCUGUUGAUGGGAACCUUUUAAAAUUCUCCGGUUUUGGUGGCGACAGGACAAAAAUGCAAAAGUAUGCGGAAAAAAUCAACGGGUUUACAAACCUGGCCUACUCGACGGUGCGAACUAUCGACUGCAAGGAUGAGCUUACCUUUCUUCGUCUGAGUGUAGGUCUGACGGACAUUCUGGUUGCACCGGAUGUAGAAAAGCAGUAUGUAGUGGUUGUGAUACAAGAGAUCAAGCGAUGA